AUGGCGUCUCAGUUGAUCCUCCCCGUUUCGGCCCCGGUCUCGAGCCACGACAUGGCACAAUUCUUGGCCAUGGACGGCGUCGGAGCCGGCUUCGUCCGACAUGCGGAUAUCUGGUUGAAUAUCGAUGCCUUUGUGGAUAUGGUCUGGGCCCUUGUAAAGGCCCCACGCAAGGACGGCACUCUGAUGAAGAUUGUGUACAUACGGCACACGGUCAUCGAGACGGAGCUUUUUGUGGAGCAGUGCACCAAACGGCUGAGGUGCAAGGCACAGUGCGGCAUAUUCCCGGAUGACGAAGUCCGGGUCACUUCCAUGACCUUUGGCCAGGCCAGAGAGUUCCUGACCCCCAGAACGGCACUCUGCGAGAACAUAAUCGUCCUCAUGGACGGCACGUAUCUGGAGACAGUGGACACGGAGAUCGGCGCGGCCUUGGUCAACCAGAGCAUCAACCCUGCCUCCUGCGUCAAGGUCAUUAGCCUGUACAGUGAUGAUUGGGACGACAAGAAGGCCGCAGAAGCCGUGCCUCUUUUCUCCGCGUUAUUCAGGGAGGUUGGAAUACAGAAGCUCUCGGUGUCCUUCGGCCAGUCCAGCACGGCGGGAGCUGACUUGGAACCCAUGCUCGUUGAUCAGAGCGGCUUGAUAGAUGCAAUGGUGGAAUGCAUCAACGACGGCAAGCAUAUUGUCUCUUUCCUGCCCCAGGAGGCAUUUGGGGCGUGCAUCCGUCGGGUCAAAGAAGCGCCGGCGUUGAGAGAGGAUGCGAUGUUCACGGGCUUCUCGUUGGGGAGCGAGACCUCGACGAGCGUAGCGGUAGACGAGGAUUUCGAUCUGACUCCGAUGUUUAAGUCAGAUUCGUACCUGAUGAUACGUCUCGACGAGAACAUUGUGCGGGUCUGGUCGAUCGUCGCGGCAAUAGACGCAGAGGCUGGAUUCACCACAAUGCCUAUCAAGCGUGUGGGACUGGUUGUGCACUCUCACCUGUUGGACCGAACCGGCCGGAGCCGGUUCAACUGGGAUGCCGGCGUAUACACAUACUCGGCGAUCCAGAAGCGAGUGGGCGACGAAUAUCUCAGGUCCCAACGCCAGUCAUGCCGUGGUGUCCGGGCCAAGCAGGUAUGCCUCUACAACGGGGGGCCUGGACCGGAGAUCGGCCAUCCCGUGGACCACAGCAGGGACUUCGUGCUUCAGGUGAUCCGGAGCUGGCCGGGGAAGCCCAUGUCCCAACUCCCCUUGAAUCUCGGCAAGAGGGAUGCACGACGCCUGGGACAGACUCUGGACCACCUCGCAGUAGCGGGCAUUAUUGAGCCCCAUGAGAACGGUUAUGUGUUAACGAAGACCAAGGGACUCGAGCUGGUGGAGGUUCUGCCCAAGGCUGUCAGUUCUGGCCUCUCCUUUGAGCUCGCCGCCCUGGCCGCCAGCGCCAGGCACUGCGUCAAGAACGAGAGGUCGAUGCGGCUGCUCAUCAGGUUGGCUGUUCUUGGCAGUCGAGCGACUGAAUUCUUGUCCAGACUGGACCCCGGGCAUGUCGACGAAGGCACCCAGACUGCUUCCUGGUACUGGAUGGAGGAGGCUCGACAGCACAUGGCUGGCCCAGCCCGUGGCGAGAUGUCAGCCGGGCGGCUUUGGUUCGCACUCGGGAUCUGGGACAAGAUGAGGGAGGAUACCAACAACUUCUCCACCAACAUGCCUCAGAAUGAUGACGAGCCGGGUAAUGAAGGGGGAAGCUUUCAUCGCGUCGAGGGUGUUGGGAUGUUCCACUGUGGAAUCGCAGUGGAAAUCUACAUGUGUGUUCUGCAGUUGGAGGACCGCCUUGGUCUUUCUCUGCUUGCACCCUCGGAUCCCGAAUGGGAGGAGCCCCUGAAGGUUGCGGAGCUCCAGGAGGUGCAAGUCCAGUUCAUGAUUGCAUUCGUUUCCGACCUGGCGGUAUGGAAUCUCGGUGCCGGUGAGAUCUCGCUGGUCGGCAGCGGGCGUGCGAUGGCCUUGGCCCCGAACAGCCUUUUAGCUCACCCACACACUGCGCAGAUUGAGCGCAGACCUGAGCAGGGUUAUCUAAUAAUUCCUGAUCAGAUCCAACAGGGUAAGGGCAAUAAGCUGUCUGUCGUGGCAGCCUUGUGCGUGCCUCUGAGCCUCCUGAGGGUCAUCAGCCACGUGUUGGGAGAAUCAGCCAUGGACUGGUUGAAAUGGCCGUAA